CUGAGGUGAUCUCGCGGCCUCACAUCUUGUUCCGUACCACUUUGAUCCAUCACCUGCAAUAUUCCUCGGCGUUACAACACAGUCCCUCGCGCCACGACACCCAGAGACACAGAGGCAGUUACACAGAUCACCCGGCCAUUGUAGACACAGGAAGAGCAAUACUAGAAGGCUCUCGUGACGCACAUCAAAGGAAAGAAGAGAGAGACACACAAAAGACUUCGAAAAGGUAGAAGAGGAGCACAGCGCUUCACAGCGGAGGACACGCGGCGCCUCCUCAAAAAAGCGAUAAAGCGUCUUGAUUAGCAGGUGAGAGCAGCCAUGGGCGGUGGGCGUGGGAGGGGCAGCGGGCCGUGUGGGGUGUGUCAUGUGACCUCCACCAUGACCUGUGGCGGGUGUGGUGAGGUGCAUUACUGUGGCAGAGCUCACCAGAAGCGACACUGGGCCCAGCACCGCGCUUCUUGCAAGCCUUUCACGAUGGUGACGCAUCCAAACCUUGGGAGGUACAUGGUGACGACGCGGCGCCUCAGGCCUGGCGAAAAUGUGUUGAUGGACCAGCCUCUGGCAUUCGGGCCGCUACCCUACUCUUCAGCGGUGUGCCUUGGGUGCCACAGACUCCUUACCGGGGAGUUGUUCCGCUGCCCUGGCUGCUGGUGGCCGCUCUGCUCCGAGGAGUGUGCCACCUCCAAGCUCCACGACAAGGAGUGCCCGAUCCUUGCCAAGGACACCGAGCAUCUCGCAGUGCCCGAAAACAACGAGGAGACGAUGCGCUACGACAUCAUCAUGGUGCUGCGCAUCUUGAUGCUGCGUGAUUCCAACCCCGAGAAGUGGGGCGUGGUGAUGGCCAUGGAGCACCACAGCGAGCAGCGCGCCGAGGAGGGCAAGGUGGAGCUGGAUAUCAGUGUUUAUGUGCUCAAUAAACUUUUGGGCCUUGACUUCACGAGGAAAGAGGUGGAACAGGUGAGAGGCGCCAUCGCCACCAACGCCAUGCAGAUGACGAGCCCCUACGGCGUGCCCCUACGUGCUCUGCAUCCCAGGAUUCACUUUUUCAACCACGCAUGCACUCCAAACUUGCAACUCUCCUUCACGACCGAAGGUGCGAUGUAUGCCAGGACAGCCGUGGCACUGGAGCCCGGAGAGCCCAUGUACGUCACCUACACGGGUACCGCAAUGCCCUUGUGGGAGCGCAGAACUUGCCUCAAGGAAAACUAUUUUUUCACGUGUGAAUGUAAUCGCUGCGACGAUCCCAGUGAGAUGGACACAGACUUCUCCAACCCGAGGUGCUUAGAGUGCAGCAACAUGAUCAUGAAGCCCCAGACGUGGCUGGAAAACCUCAAGUGGGUCUGCCCGAACUGCAAGGCCGAGAAGUCUGAGCAGCGAGUGAAGGACGAGGUGCAGACAGUGCUGAGCACCCUGGAGAUGUCAGACGUGUCGGACACCAGCUCCAUCAGGCGGCUGCAGUUCUUGCUGGAGCAGGUGGAGCAAGAGUUCCACUCGCAGCACUUUGUGUGGAUGAAGGUGGCGCAGAAAAUGCUCCACAAGCUGAUGAACGAUGAUACUAAUAGAGGACUCGCACUGCGCGUCGAAAUCUGGAAGAAAUUGUCGGUGUUGUAUGGCAAGCUGGAGCCAGGAAUGACCAGGAAACGAGGCAUGGGAAUCCUGGAAAUGGCGCUGAGUAUGAUGAACUGGAUCAGAAACGAGUACCUUCAGAACAGCAUCUACGCCCCUGCCCUAAUGAUCAAGCUGAAGCCAGUCAUCGAGCAAUUCCAGGAGGCAGCGGACAUACUGAGUCUCGAGCCAGCCCAAGUGAAUGUGCACGUGUUGGCGGAGAGAGCGCUGGCCAGGAAGCAAGAAGCGUGUGAGCUGAUGAAAGAGAUGGAACGCGCCGAUCUGCUGUCUCGUGACAAAGGGUGUUGAUUGUGAGAGAGAGAGAGAGAGAGAGAGAGAGAGAGAGAGAGAGAGAGAGAGAGAUACAUUAAUUCACAGGCCACAACGGAACUGUGACUACGAAGGAAAUAAAAGUAAAAGACAGCUACGCAGAGAGAGAGAGAGAGAGAGAGAGAGAGAGAGAGAGAGAGAGAGAGAGAGAGAGAGAGAGAGAGAGAGAGAGA